AUGUCAAGGCCCACGCGGACAGCGCCGGCGAUGGCAAGAAGAAUCACCCGCAGCAGCACCGGCACCACCGCCCGAAGGCAGCAAUUACAAGCAGUGAAAGAGCAGCCACAGCCACCCAGCGCUGGCCCGAUGGUCAAGCAGGAGAAAGAGAAAAUACCAUCUGCACCACCACCACCGCGCUCAUCGACCCCACGAAAGCGAGCAGCCGCCGCAGCAGACAGAGAGGCUAAGAGCCGGAAGAGGAUCAAGACAGAAGAGGAAGAAAACAAGUUGGCGCUUGCUACAAGUACCACCGGCAGUAGGAGUACCAGCCGAACCAACGACUCGGACGUCAACGUCAGCCCUAGGCCCGGCAGGAGAGAGAUAAAUACUCGCAACCCGAGUCCAAACGACCUGGACACAAAGACGAAGACGAAGAAGACGGUGACAUCCUCCUCCGCCACUGGCAGCGCGGCCAAGGAGGUUUCCAAGCAACAACUCCAAACCAAAAAACUAAAAUCCUACGCCCAAUUCGCGAACCAAUCCCCCUUCCCCGACUUCCCUCAUCCAACACCAGCAGAAUGCAAACUCGCCCACCGGAUCCUAAUUUCCCUUCACGGGCCUCGCACGCGACCCAAAGAAGUAAUCGCAUCCACCACCCGAGCAGGCUGCGGCGACUCGCCCUCAGUUCUCGACGCACUAGUGCGCACCAUCCUGUCCCAAAACACCAGCGACGUGAACUCGACCCGGGCAAAACUCAACAUGGACAAGGUCUACGGCGGCAGUGACAAAUGGGAAGCCAUUGCAGCCGGAGGCCAAGCGAAACUUCAAGAAGCCAUCAAAUCCGGUGGGCUGAGUGCCGUGAAAUCAAAAGUCAUUAUUUCCAUCUUGAACCAAGUGUAUGAAAAAUAUGGCGUGUAUUCAUUGGACCAUUUGCAUAGUGCUUCGAGUGAGGAUGCGAUGCGCGAAAUGUUGUCGUUUCAGGGCGUCGGCCCCAAGACCGCCAGUUGCGUUUUGUUGUUUUGUCUGCAGCGUGAGAGUUUUGCGGUUGAUACUCAUGUUUGGCGGAUUACGGGACUUCUAGGGUGGCGGCCGAAGAGUGCUUCGAGAGAUGAAACUUAUGCGCAUUUGGACUCGAAAAUUCCGGAUGAAGAUAAAUAUGGGUUGCAUAUUUUGUUGGUUACGCAUGGGAAACGGUGUGAUGAGUGUAAGGCCGGUGGGAAGAAUUUAGGUCGGUGUGAGUUGAGAAAGGCUUUUAGGAAAGCGAAAGUGGAGGGUGAAGCUGGCGACGAGGAGAAAAUUGAGGAGAUUGAAGAAAUAAAGAAGGAGCAGAAAGAACAAAGUGGCUGA